CCCACUGCCACGCCCCCCGCGCGACCGACGUCACCCGCCCGCGGUGGCGCGAGCCCGGCCCGGCGCUGACGUCGCGUGGCGCUACCGAGCGGCGCGCCCCGCCCACCAGCCGCGCUCGGGGCGCCGCAGGCAGGACCGACCAUGGAUCUCGUCCUGAACGCCGCUGACUACCACCUCCUCACACCCUACGUGUAUCCCAGCGCCUGGCCGGAAAACGAACCCUUCCGACAGCUCCUCAGUCUGUUCGUCAUCACCAACCUCGGGGCGCUGGCCCUUUACUUGCUGUUCGGCACGCUGAGCUACUACUUCAUUUUUGAUCACGAACUCAAGAAGCAUCCCCAGUUCCUAGAGAACCAGGUGCAGCGUGAGAUCGCCUUCGCUGUCCGGUCCCUGCCGUGGAUAAGCGUGCCGACCGUCGCCCUUUUCUUCGCAGAGGUCAGGGGUUACAGCAAGCUCUACGACAACAUUGAGGACUCACCAUAUGGGUGGUCAGGAGUUAUUCUCAGCAUGCUGUCUUUCCUCUUUUUCACCGACAUGGGCAUUUACUGGAUACAUCGAUUCCUCCACCAUAAAUUGCUAUAUAAGCGUUUCCACAAGCCCCAUCACCUCUGGAAGAUCGCAACCCCCUUUGCCAGUCACGCUUUCCACCCGGUUGACGGCUUCAUGCAGAGCCUCCCCUACCACAUCUACCCCUUCCUGUUUCCUCUGCACAAAGUGACCUACUUGGGUCUCUACAUCUUCGUCAACGUCUGGACCAUCUCCAUUCACGACGGCGAUUACCGCGUCCCCAAGAUCUUGAGGCACGUCAUCAACGGCUCUGCCCACCACACCGAUCAUCACUUAUACUUUGACUACAACUACGGUCAGUAUUUCACGCUCUGGGAUAAAAUCGGCGGCUCCUACAAAAGCCCCACCUCCUUUGAGGGCAAGGGCCCGCACGACUACUUGCGCAAGCUCCGAGAGAAGGAGUCGAACGGCCGAGAGAACGGUUGCGAGCCUCGGACGAUGCCUAACGGGGACAGCGAAAAAAACAAAUAGUUCUCCGUGGUGUCGCCCUCAUCACAGAGUGCCAGAUCUUGUUGCGUUCCUUUCUUUUGCCAAGAGCCAACUUCCCUGUACAAAAAGCUGUCUCAUUCUGUCGCUUCGGGGACGCAGUGAUUGUGGGUCCCUGAACCCUCUCGACUGGCCGGGGCCAGAGCGCUUAGAGACCGACAGACGGUCCCGUCCUGGGCGUCAGUCGGGACCGAGAGAGAAAAUCUGAGCCUCCACGUCCAAACUCGCUACGUGACCCUACGGACCACCCCCAUGAUUUCUGACAACUGGCGCGCGCUACCCUCCAAGGCCCCUUCCCUGCACAUUGACAAAACCUCGCUGCGACGCAGACCUGGUCCCAACAGAGCGCUUUUACAGUUUGCCAGACAGCUCCCAUUGCCUGGGCCACAAACAGACCCCUCACUGGUUCUCUGCCAGAGACGGCUCCCGCGAACUGCUACGGCGGGUCCCGCGUGCCUCUCGCAUCCGGACGCGCCUGUCCUUCCAGGACUCCCUGGACUCGGCCUCACGCGGCACACCAACACGCUGACACUACGUGAGGACAUGACCGUAUCUAGACCCCGGCAGAGGACGCGUGCCCGUUCGGUUCUCCGCGUCUGCACGCAAAGGGCGGCAUGUGCCUCGCGCAUCCCGAGACUGCCACCAACCUGUCCCACUUCAAAGAUAGCUUUCUCCUCUGCGGCGAACGCCCCCCCAGCAGAACUCGCACGACAGCGACGGGUAUUGCGGGCGCGUUCGGAAAGCACUCAAAGCCCUGCCCACCCCGCUUCCCUCGUUCAUUCCUGGAAAUCCAGGCACCUGUCUGACUUUUAUCUGAUUACAUCAGUGUGGGGUCCUUUGCGACAUGAGUCAACUGGCGAACUGAAGACAUUUCCUGCUGCCUUUGAGGCCCCUUUUCCCCUUCCUGGUGGCCUUUGCGUCCCUGCAGUGACCCUGGUAAUCUUCUAGGAUGACUAUGAAGGUAUUCUAAGGGCAUGGCGCUUCCUGGGGUUUCUACUCCUCUGUACUGCAUGACACUGUAGCACCUUAUCAAGGACAGGUUCAGAAACUGCUCAGUUUGCAUGACCCUACGAAACAGUCUGCACUCGGGGUACGUUCAUCCUCAAGUGUGCCCUUCCGGAUGGGAUUUCGCGAAAUACACCCCGAACGCCUACCUUACGGAGCCUCCGCGGAUACUCCCGACGCGUCCUCGGUAGAGCGACGGCUUGUCCUUUCAACGUCGUGCGACUUCUCGCUGCUGAAAGAAGGCUCCUAGUCGCCGGGCGGUGCAGAAUGCGUCCCUGGGAGUCUCCUGUGGGGGUCGGACGGUGGGCAGGAUUCAUCAGGACGAGACCUGUUAGAGAAAGGCAGGUUUUGAGUCACGGGGGUGGUUUCCCAGGGAGGGACACAGAGUGGCCCAGAGCCUACUAUGAGGGUGGUGAGACAGGUAUCAGGAGGUUAAAGAUUGCUGUACGGUUCGUGGCUGGUUUUCCCCUUUAACAUCCAACAUGCUCAUUUCUGAAACCUGA